UGGAAGGGGACCAUGAAGAACAGUUUCAGAAUAUGCAUACUCACAACAUUUCUAACUAUUGUUGUUGGAUGGAAAGCGAUACCAGCUAACCAAGCUAGUUACUCACUUCGUAGUAUUGGUGCAGACGAUUCUCAAGAUAAGGAAAUACCGGAUGAACUUUUGCCACGAGAUAAAUUGAGUUUUAUUUAUAAGUUUGGUUGGUGCACGUUGGAUUCGGUACAGCGACAGUUCUUUAGAAAAUCCGUUAAUGUGACCCUACCUACAAUUCAAUCUACCCAAGGCAACUUUCUAUACCUUGUAGCCAAGAAAAAUACCCAAAAGUUCCCUUUGCAAUGUGUCAUUAUGAAGGGCUAUGCGCCGAGUAAGUUUCUAUUUUACAAAAGUCGCCUACCAUUGUUUUAUUGUCAAGGGGUCGUAUGGAUUUUGUUACUAAACACUAUCAACAAAUACGAACUUCAUGAGUUCUAUUUACACCAAAAACUGAGUAUGCCAAUUAAUUUUAGUUUCGAGUUUUAUCACCCUCAGCAGUUAUGAAUAUCUAGAUUUAAGUAAACCAAAUGUUAUUUUUUAAUAUUUUGUGAUGGUUUACAUAGUAUAUAUUUCUUAGUCCGGCCAUAAUUACUGUUACAAAUGAAAAUUCAUUUUUAAUGAAGAAAUGCAAUAGUAUGAAAAUUUAUAUUUCAUACAUUCAUAAAAGUCCGAACAAAAAAUAAAAAAAUUAUUCUAUUGCUUGUAUACAGGCCCUUUAACCUAAAUCUUUUUAUGUCUAUGGAUUAAAACACUGUUUCCAAAAGAUUUAUUACAGCUGCUUGCUCCAAAGAUCUUUUUAAGAGACUCGGUGUCGUAUAUAGUUUAUGAUCAGUUCAUGUAUUUUAAAACUGGUCAAAAUUUGAAGUUUAAAGGGAUGAGGUCCGGGUUAGAGAGGGCCAGUUUUCAACACUUGUAAAGUCCGGAAUAUUUGUU